UUUCUGGGAAAGACUAUAUAAUGCCUAUGUUAUGGCUCGAAUAUUUUACAUAUGGAACUACGUAACAAUGUCAUCGCAAAAUGAACUGAUUAGGAAAUAUUUUGGCCCUGAUCACCCCCCUGUGGAAGAAACUGACAGAAACUUCAGCCUUCUUAUUGUCAACAACCACUUCAGCGUGAAUUACCCACGGCCACUGUUGCCUAAUGUCAUUGAGGUGACGGGACUACAUCUAGAGAAACAGCGGAAGCCACUUCCUGGGGAUUUCCUUGAUGGUGCAAAAAACGGUGUGAUUUACUUCAGCCUUGGUACUAAUGUGAAGGGUAGUACAAUGCCCGAGCACAAACGAAUUGCAUUCUUGGAAGCUUUUGCGCAGUUACCACAGCGAGUACUUUGGAAGUGGGAGAUGGACAGCCUGCCUGGACAGCCGGAGAACGUCAUGAUAGCCAAGUGGCUGCCCCAGCAGGUCGUCUUGGCACAUCCAAACAUUCGUCUGUUCAUUACCCAGGGAGGACUUCAGAGCAUGAAUGAAGCAAGUUAUUUUGCAGUACCCCUGAUAGGAAUUCCAUUUAUAGUGGACCAGCAACAGAAUGUGGCUAAGAUGGUACAAUCUGGUAUUGGCUACCAACUGCUGUUCAGAGAUGUCACUACUGACACCAUUCUGAAAGCCAUUCACACAGUUCUUGAAAACGACAGCCUAUGGUUAUCUGUCCUCUUUUACGACAGCUAUCGAGAAAACAUGAAGCGGUUCUCAGCAGUAUUCCGUGAGCACCAGGAGAGGUCCCUGGACACUGCCGUCUGGUGGAUCGAGUACGUAAUACGUCACAAGGGUGCUCCGCACAUGCGCAGUGCAGCCCUCGACCUGAGCUGGUGGCAGCUGCUGCUGCUCGACGUGAUUGGGUUCGUUGUUGCAAUGGCGUCCAUCGUGGUAUACCUGCUGUACAAGGCAGCCACCUACUGCAAAAGACUUUUGGCUGUUAAUCUGAAGCAGAUCACUUCGUGA